AUGCCGGCCGGUUCUGCUUCUAACGGUCGCUCCAAUCGAGCCGGACUCACCAAGAAUGCCUCACCACAGCUCCUGGUGACGCUCAAGUUGCGCCCCGAAACAUUGCGACAGUUCCUUGAAGAGCCUCAAGAUACCUCCGAUACCAAGACCCCCGAACCCUCAUCCAUCCCCGAUAAGGCUGAACAAUCCUCGCCCGCCUCCUCCGUAGAGGCCUCUGCAGCCCGUCCAUCCUCUGCUGAUGCCGAGUCUAAUGCGGAUGCCGCUUCAACGCCAGCAACGGGGGCUACUCCCGGUGAUACUCCACGGCGGAAGGGGAUUCCGGGUCCCAAGCCAGGAAGCAAGCGUGGUAACGGACUCCUUGAGCCUGUUGCGCGCGUGCGUGGUCGACCUGGUCCAAAGAAGAAAGCUCGCCUUGAGGAUGGCACCGAACCGGGCAAGUCGUCCAUGGCCCCUCGAUUGGGACCCAAGGCCAACACUGGCGCAAUCAAUGCUCACCUCCGCGCCCUGGACCGCACUGGCGCUCCGUGCCGCAAGUGGGAGCGCAAACCGCUCAAAUUGCGCAGCUUUACCGGUGUCGUUUGGCAAGUGCCUACCUGGGGCAGCCACAAGGUGGCCAAGCCGGAGUCGGAGGAGGAUAAGGCGGCCGCCGGGAUCACCAAUGGGGAAACCGACUCCAAGAACCUUGCUGCCCCGGGCACUGAGACCAGGAACGGUAGCAGUGCGGUCCCCAGUGAGAAGAGCACAGGAGAUGGUCUGACCCCUGCUCCCUCAAACCUCGUCGAGCCCUCGUCGCCAGCUAUUGCUAUGACUGCUUGA